UUUUCGCCAGAAACCCAACCAGGCUGGCAGACAGUUGUUACCAUGCAACGAGCAGACGCUAGUGAAAAGUACUCGCUACAAAAUUGGCUAGCUAGUAAAUUGCCUGCUGCAAACCAUCUUUCUUCGAGAUACAUAGCGCGCGUGUGUAUGUUGCUAGUUAAGCUAACGUUAGCUUCCUAUUUAGCUAAGAAUAAUAUUUAUUAAGCCACCAACUGCAGCAUAGCUAGCUAACCUAGCUAGCAAGCAUCAAUACAUACGUUUCCAACGUAACAACAUGGCAGAUGGCUGGAGCACCGACACGGGAGAAGCUGUCUAUCGUUCCCGGGAUGCUGUCAAAAACCUUAAAAUGAAGAUCCGUAUUCAGAGAGUCACCUCCACAGCAGCCCUCUCCCAACACCUUCAGCAGCAGGUUUGGACUCAACAGGAGAGGGGAGGCAUUGAGCUGGACACCCUCAACUCACAGUCUCAAUCAGCCGGAGAUGAUGAUGAGGAGUUAGUGGUAGGCUGGCAGGAGAAGCUGUUCAGUCAGUAUGAAGUGGAUUUGUUCCAGAGUGAGUCAGUAUGCCAGACUCCACUGGAGAGACAAUACCACACAGAGAUCAUGGCUCAGGAGCGGACCAGGGGCAGACGGAACCGCAGGAUUUUUACCUACACCGAUUUUGACCGCUUCACCAAUUGGGAAGGGCAUUCCCAGAGUAUGGUGACGCAGGUCAAGUCCAACCCUACUUUCCUGGCAGAAAGGAUGGCCAAUGUCAGACACAGACGACAGGACAGACGCCCAGUUGACAGCACCAUCCCCAAGUCCAGGCUGAUUACCUGGGAGCCCUCGGAGGACUUUGUGAAGACCAGCCACGUGGUCAACACACCUGUACAGACCAUGCACAUCAUGGGGGACCUGGGACCACCGGGGAAACUUGGCCAAAAGGAGAAGGAAUGCUUGUUGUGCACGAUAAGAGCAGAUGGAAAUGGAGUGGUUACCAUCAAACCAGACUUCAACAAAGCCAAGGAGCCCUACAGAGUUGAGACGGAGGGGGAGAAGAGGGAGGUGUGGCGUCUAACCCUGGAGAACGUGUCAGAAGGCAUCAGACCAGAGGAGAAGGAACGGGAACAGCGCAUGUAUAAAGACCUUUAUGUACGUCAUAAAGACUACCUCAACAGCUUGGUUGGCCAGGACUUUGAAAUGCCACCCCCUGGAAUUCUGCGUCUGUUGGUGAAUGGAGAAAUAGACUCAGCCAAAGGCUUUGAAUAUGACAACUUAUACGUCCACUUUUUCCUGGAGCUGCCCCACAAUUGGUCCACUCUGCCAUUCCACUCUCUCUCUGGCGUGACUCAGACAUGUCGCACAAAGACCAUAGGAAAGGACGACGUGGCUUUCUUCAGCUACCCAUUCAGCUUUGAGUCAUUUUUCAGGAGAGAGGAUGAGACAGAGGAAUCCCUCCCCCAAUGGCCAGUUCUGUACUUCAAAGUCCUCUCCCUGGACUUCUGGCAGCGCUACAGAAAUGAAGGCUAUGGCUACCUGGUCAUUCCUUCCACCCCUGGGAAGCAUACAAUAACAUGUCAUACGUGGAGACCGCUCCAGACAGGAACAGUGUCAGAACUGAGACGCUUCUUCAUUGGUGGAUCCCCUGAGCUGGAGGACUACAGUUACGUCAGAGUCCCAGGAACCUUCAAGGGAGAGCGGCUGAGUCGCUUUGGCUUCCGCACACAGACCACAGGCAGCGUCACCUUCAACCUCCAUUGUAUCCAGCACGCCAGGGCAUUUGUUGAUGCCAGCACCCUGAAGAAGAGGAGGCAGAGUGUUCUGGACCAGCUGGGAGGCUUCAGUCAGCAAGGUUCUGUCUAUAAUGUCCUGGAGGCAUUCCAGAGGGCCAGGAGACGGAUGCAGGAGGCCAGAGAGAGUCUUCCCAGAGACCUCAUAAACACUACAGCCCAACAAAACUCUGAGUCCACUGCAUAGACACGUACAUGGUUUACAUACAGUAGGCAGCACAGCAUUCACCUGUAAGAAAAUGCUGAGAAAAUUCAAUCUCCCUGUUCAACAGCCGUCUGUUUAUGUUCUGUAAUUAUUACUAUGCAUGUACACCUGUAUAGACUGAAUAUAUCAAACAUUCGGAACACCUUGGACCACCCCCCUUUUUUACUGAGACAGCCUAAAUUCGUCGGGGCAUGGACUCUAUAAGGUGGUGAAAGCAUUUCACAGGGAUGCUGGCCCAUGUUGACUCCAAUGCUUCCCACAGUUGUGUCAAAAUGGCUGAUUUCAUUUGGGUGGUGGACCAUUCUUGAUACACACGGGAAACUGUUAAGCGUGAAAAACCCAGCAGCGUUGCAGUUCUUGACACAAACCAGUGCGCCUGACACUACCAUACACCGUUCAAAGGCACUUAAAUGUUUUUGUCUUGCCCAUUCACAAUCUGAACGGCACACAAAUACGAUCCAUGUCUCAAUUAUCUCCAGGCUUAAAACUUCUUCUUUAACCUGUCCCCUCCCCUUCAUCUACACAGAUUUGAAGUGGAUUUAAAAGUAACAUCAAUAAGGGAUCCUAGCGUUCACCUGGUCAGUCUAUGUCAUGGAAAGAGUAGGUGUUCUUAAUGUUUUGUAUACUAAUUUUAUAUGUGCUUCUGAUACAGUAUUUUAAGAGCGACUUUAUAGCGCGGUGUCAGAUGAUAAAGUAUUUUCCAUGUUUUGUUAUCAUAGUUUGUCAAUUGAUUUUAUAAUAAAACUGAGAUAUACCUA